UGGGAGGACGCUGUGCCUUUAAGACCGUGCAGUCGGGGGUGGCGCUAUGCUCUGCUUAAGGCUUCUUUGAUAUUAAUAGUGUUGGUGUCUUGAAACUGACGUAAUGCUCGGAGACUGAGGUCCUGACAAGCGAUAACAUUUCUGAUAAAAGAACUGAUCUCUCUGCAAUCUAGUCUGCUCCAGAUCCAGGGAUCUAAUAUUAAAAGCCAGUGCAUCCAGAGCCUUCUCCUUCUGGAUCUCCACCCCUACUCCUUGUUCAGUGUCUGGGUUCUCAGCACUCAGACAGAUCACACUGGUUGGGGGGAACAGGAAACCUUUUCUCACCCACCCCCCCCCCCCUCAACCCCUACCCUCCAAAAAAAUAAUCAAAGAUCAACUCUGCAGAACAACAAGGAAAUGGUUCAUGGCUCAAGCUAGAUCUCCACCAUCUUCCAUACUGCUGCUGCUGCUGCUGCUGGGGUUACUGCAGAUCAAUCAACAGGGGGAACAUAUCGCCUUUGAAGGUCUAUUUGUAAAGGACUGAACACGCUGUACCAUAAAGAAAUCAUCCCAGUAUCAUAGUACCCAGUCAUGGCACAAUGACCUACAAUGGUGAGCUCCAAGUCAACAGAUAAAAUAUGGUCCGGAAAAAGAAUCCCCCUCUGAGAAACGUUGCGAGUGAAGGCGAGGCACAGAUACCGCAGUCUGCUGCACCAGAGAGAGAAGAUAUUGUCAGAAAUAAGGAAUUUUCCACUGAUCCGAUGCAAGAAAAUAGCGAACAGAUCGAUUCCGUAGAACACAACAGUGAUGAUCAUUGUUCCAAUGAUCAAGAAGCUUCCUCCAGCUUUAAAAAGGACUCUGAAAGCUUGGGUUUAAGCGAAAGGGCUGUAUUUAAUUACAGCCAACUUAAAGGCAGAAAUGCUUACGACGAGGUGACAGACAGAAAUAUGUUGGCUUUGUACUCGGCAGAUUCUAGGGUGAUUUGUGAACCCUUAAAAUCCCCAAUAAAACCAGAUGCCGAUGACACUCAAGAACUGGGCUCUGCUGCAUCAGGGGACGCUUUGGAGUCAAGAGAUAAAAAUGACAUGUCACCAAGGGCUACAGACUACACAAUGCAAAAUGCUAAAGUAGAUUCGAGUCCAACUACGAUGGCCUCCGAAAACCUACAAGUGCCUUCAGACGGGAGCACAGGGCUGAACAAAUCCCAAGCUGUCCUGUUGGUCAACGACAGCUCCGAUUCAGCUCCUUUAUCCCCCGAGCUUCAGGAUUUCAAAUGCAACAUUUGUGGGUAUGGUUACUACGGGAAUGACCCCACAGACCUGAUCAAACACUUCCGAAAAUACCAUCUAGGCCUCCAUAACCGUACCAGGCAAGAUGUUGAACUUGAUACCAAAAUCUUGGCACUUCAUAACAUGGUACAGUUCAGCCAAUCCAAAGAUUUCCAGAAGAUGAAUCGCUCAGUGCUUUCAGGUGUCUUACAGGACAUCAAUUCUCAGAGGCCAGUUUUACUAAAUGGUACAUAUGACGUGCAGGUAACAUUUGGUGGAACGUUCAUUGGCAUCGGUCGUAAAACUCCAGAUUGCCAGGGGAACACAAAGUACUUCCGCUGCAAGUUCUGCAACUUCACGUACAUGGGAAACUCAUCAACGGAGCUGGAACAACACUUCCUUAAGACACAUCCCAACAAAAUGAAAGUGCCAUCCGAUUCUGGUAAACCUUCAGAGAAAAACGCCAAUAAAUCAAGCCCUGUUCCUCGUUCUUGUGAGCCUGGAGAUUUGGGAAAGUGGCAAGACAAAAUCACUGUUAAAGCAGCAGAUGAUAUGCCAGUUGGAUACUCAGUGCCAAUUAAACCGGUAGAUUCUUCCAGGCAAAAUGAUACAGAUGACACCAACUACUACUGGUGCAAGUUCUGUAGCUUCAGUUACGAAGCGUCCAGCAGUUCCAAACUGUUAGAGCAUCACAGCAAACAGCAUGAGGGAGGGAUGUCAGAAAGCCCCAAUUCAGAGCUGAAUGACAAGAUCUUCAGAGGAUCGGUCAUUAAUCAAAAUGAAAUUGCCAAAAAUGCUGAGGAACAGCUCGCGGGAAACGUAGAGAAAGGAGUGGCUAAAAAGAAAGACAUCUCCGAUAAACCAACCGAGGAUAUUAUAGUAACAAACUACAAUUGUCAGUUUUGUGACUUUAGGUAUUCUAAGAGCCACAUUCCAGAGGUAAUACUGGUUGGGCCUCUUCUCCGCCAUUACCAACAGCACCACAAUAUUCACAAGUGUACUAUUAAGCAUUGCCCGUUUUGCCCCAGGGGCCUCUGCAGCCCCGAAAAGCACCUUGGAGAAAUUACUUAUCCUUUUGCUUGCAAAAAGAGUAAUUGUUCUCAUUGUGCUCUCUUGCUGUUGCACUUGUCUGCUGGGGUGACAGGGAGCACGAGAGUUAAACACCAGUGUGAUGAAUGCUCCUUCUCCUCUCCUGAUGUAGAUGCACUCCUGCUUCAUUAUGAGAAUACACACGAAGGCCAGGCCUCUGAAGUCAAACAGGAGCUGAAUCACCAGCCAACGUCCGAUGGACAGCCGACCAUCAACGAAAAAGAAAGCAAAGAACACUCUUGUACUAAAUGUGAUUUUAUUACUCUGGUAGAAGAAGACCUUUCUCGACACUACAGGAGGGUGCAUAACUGCUAUAAAUGCCGCCAGUGCAGUUUUACCGCACCAGACACACCGUCACUAUUGGAUCACUUUAACUCGGCUCAUUGUCAGGAGUCAGAAAUUGCAACAUCUAAUGGAGGGGAGAGCCAUGGAACAUCUUCCAUCAAGGAAGAACCAAAAACUGAGCUGAAGGUGUACAAUCUUGUCGCUCACGAUUCCAAAAUGGGAGAAGCCAUAUUUGACAGCACUGUGAAGAAAGAGAUGUUUGAUGACAAAGAAGUGCUCAGGGAGAAAGCGUGGUCCGACGGUUCCGUCGAUGAUCUUCGAGGUGUCGCCUGGAGAGGGCCAGACAUCUUGAGAACAAGCCCGUCUUAUACACAAAUAGGCUUAGGGCUUCUGACCACAGUGGCUGUCAACCAAGAACAGCAAAAAUCAUCAAGAGACAGUCCAAACGUGGAAGCAGCUCACCUGGCAAGACCUCUGUAUGGCUUGUCUCUAGAGGCCAAGGGAUUCCCCGGGGCCACAUCUGCCACUAGUGGUGAAAAGUCUGGACCACAUGCAACUCCGUACCAAGGAGAUAACAAGUCAAAGGAUGAAUCGCAGUCUCUUUUACGGAGACGACGAGGAUCUGGUGUUUUCUGCGCCAAUUGCCUCACCACAAAAACAUCACUUUGGCGAAAGAAUGCAAAUGGUGGCUACGUCUGCAAUGCGUGUGGCCUUUACCAGAAACUUCACUCGACUCCCAGACCUUUAAACAUAAUUAAGCAGAACAAUGGUGAGCAGAUUAUUAGGAGACGAACAAGGAAGCGCCUUAACCCAGAAGCACUGCAAUCGGAACAGCUAAAUAAACUUCAAAGAGGGAGCGGUGAAGAACAAGCUAAUGGAAGUCCUUUGGAGAGAAGGUCAGAGGACCAUUCAAUGGAAGGUCAUACGAGAGAAACUCAACAACUCGGUAUAAAUAAGUAUGAGCCUCAAGCUUCAUUGACUAAAAGCCAUUCUGCUCAGCAGACAAUAAUAGUCAGCCAAACUAUGGAUAUUCACAAACGGAUGCAACCUUUGCACAUUCAGAUUAAAAGCCCUCAGGAAAGCGGUGGAGAGCCGGGAAAUAGCUCAUCUGUGUCUGAUAGCAAAGGAAGUUCAGAAAGAGGUAGCCCAAUCGAAAAAUACAUGAGGCCCAUAAAGCAUCCUAAUUACUCUCCUCCGGGAAGCCCGAUUGAAAAAUAUCAAUACCCACUGUUUGGCCUUCCGUUUGUUCACAAUGACUUCCAGAGUGAAGCCGACUGGCUUAGAUUCUGGAGUAAAUAUAAGCUUUCGGUUCCUGGGAAUCCGCACUACUUGAGUCAUGUGCCUGGCCUACCCAAUCCCUGCCCAAACUAUGUGCCUUAUCCCACCUUUAAUCUGCCUGCUCAAUAUUCCACAGUUGGAUCAGACAAUGACAUUCCUCUAGAUUUGGCAAUGAAGCAUUCCAGGCCUGGAUCAGCCUCAAACGGAGCCUCUAAAGAAAAAGCGAAGUCACCAGCGAGUGCAAAGGAUGACGGUCCAUUGACUGUAGCAAAAGUGGAGAAAACGGAUAGAAGUACUCAAGAUGAACUUUCAACAAAAUGUGUGCACUGUGGCAUUGUCUUUCUGGACGAAGUUAUGUAUGCACUACAUAUGAGUUGCCAUGGCGAAAAUGGACCUUUUCAAUGUAGUAUAUGCCAACAUCUUUGCACGGACAAGUACGACUUUACAACUCAUAUCCAGAGAGGCCUACAUAAGAACAUUGCACAAGCGGAAAAGAAUGGAAAAACUAAAGAAUGAAACUUUAGCACUUAGCACAAAUUCAAAUAGAACUAGGUUGUCUGAAUAGAAAUUCAGUAGCUUGUAAUUCCCUAUCAGGGCUUGUCAUGCACAUCAUGAAGCAUGGGGUUUUUUAUUUUGUCCAUUGAAGACUCGUUAAUUGCGAUCGGCCCUUUGAGCACCAAAGGGACAAGCAGUAUCUCAAUUGUGCCAUGACUUCGAUAGUGGAUGGAUUAAAUAUAAGGACCAGUACAACAUGUGCGGUAUACAUAGGUAUCUAGAAUAACAUAUUUAAUUGAAUGCUAAGUACACUUAGGUUAAAAAAAUGUAAU